GUCAGCAGAGUCAGCAAACAGAUUCACUGCAAGGGAAAAUGUCAUCCAGCCCUCAAAGAGCAACAUACACCAGGGAGCAGAUUGAGGCGUAUUUCAACCGCAUAAAGCUACCAGAACAGCACCGAAAAUAUGACAUUGCAGGACUGACCAAUGAGGAGGCAUUGGAGUACCUCUCCCUCCUUCAGAGAUAUCAGCUUGCUUAUGUGCCGUUCGAAAACCUCACGUUGCACUAUUCGUUCCAUCGUCAGAUAUCUAUCCAUCCCGAGGAUCUCUUCAAGAAGAUUGUCGGUGACAAUAAUGGACGAGGCGGUUACUGCAUGGAGAACAAUACGCUCUUUGGCACCGUUUUGCAUACCUUGGGAUUCACAAUCUUCAGCGUUGGGGCCCGUGUUUAUGAUACUGGCAACUGGAUUGGAUGGAGCCAUAUGGCGAACAUUGUGACGAUUGGUCGUGACAGAUAUCAUGUUGAUGUCGGCUUUGGUGGAAAUGGCCCCGUCGUCCCAAUGAAGCUCAACAAGGAUGGGCUUGUGCAACCGCACAUCAACCCGGCAUCUGCACGCCUCCAGUGGCGCAACAUUCCCGGCAACAGUGACCCAGACCAGAGACUCUGGGUGUACGAAGUUCGUAUAAAUGAUGAAAGCGACUUCCAGAUGAUGUACUGCUUCACCGAGCUCGAGUUCCUGCCUUGCGAUUAUGCCGUCAUGAACUACUUUACCAGUACCAGCCAACGAAGUUUCUUCACGAGGGUGAUAGUGGCAGAGAGGAAGGUAUUGGAUGAUGAGGGCAAUAUCAUUGGCCAGCUCAUAAUGAAUAAUGGCGAUAUCAAGUGGAGAAUCAAUGGGAAGAAAACAAAGGAGAUCAUAUUCGAGACCGAAGAGGACCGGCUGAAGCAUCUUGAGGAGCAUUUCGGAAUCGUCUUCUCACCAGUAGAGAGAGAGCAUAUUAAGGGGCUACCGUCGCGGUUGAGCUGAGGUGUGGAAGCGAGGCAGCAUUGAGCGCUCUGUUCAUGUUUCGUAUAUACAUAUUGGAUAUCGUCAUGCAAACACCUCAGACAAGAGGGUGACCAUUUU